CCACACCACAAUCUUUGCUUUUUCAAACUAUCUUCCUCUACUUCUCUCCCUCCAAUCCGCUCCAAGAUGUCAGCCUCGCCGGAGUUCUACAAACCCGCGGCGCCGCCGGCGGCCUACUCACCGCGCAUCCUGCUCGCCGUCACAGAGCCGGCCGCCGAGGACUCGUGCUACUACGCCUGCAGCACGCCGACGGGCGCCGGGAUCAGCUUCGGCGGCGACGCGGCCACCUGCCCGCCCGCGCCCAGGAAGCCGCGCCCGCCGCCGGCGUCCGCCUGCCGGAAGCGCCUCUUCGCCGCCGGCGACGUUGUCACGCUCCGCUUCGACGACCUCGAGGCCAUCUUCCGGCCCGCUCCGUCGCCGCGCUUCGACGGGCUCACCACCCGUGCUAGUAGGAACCGUGGUGCUAUCUUGAGCUGAUUGCCUAGCUGCAGCAUACGUGUGUGGAUGUUUGAAUUCCAUUGCGUUUAUCUUAGUACUAGUAGUCGCCGAUACUCUGCUUACUUACGAACGAACCACUCCUCUGUAAUGAUCCAUGGUUAUAAUAAUAAGAUUCAUUAUUUAA